GCGGGAUUUUCUAUUACCUGUGUCAAACCUGAGUUGGGUAGAUAAUGAAAUAAAACGUCACUCAUGAUGGACAAUUCCACUGAGAACCUCAGCAAGAAGAACAGCAUGAUUGAGAAGCUUAGAAGGAGCUUGCGGCGUCAAACACGGAAGAAUCCUCCGUCACCUGGUGGCGAGGAAUCCAAUGUCCUACGUAAAUUACAUGCAACCGCAAAGAACUCAGACUCUGCAGCUUCGCCACAGCCUCCGUCACCCAGUCUGAAUGCUGGCUCUGCAUCCACCUCUCCGAACAACAACCAGAAAAAAGAGGAUGAUGAGUCAGAUGUUUCUUCUCACAAAUCCAGACCACUAACACGGUCAAACACAGAUCCCACUGCGUCCACUUUUGAUAAUACUUUGAAGAGAAUGAAAGAAUCUUUUUAUUUUAAAUGGAAAAAGGACGAAGAUAAAGCCACCUCGAUCGAGGAAAAAGUGAAUCCUACUUUUGAGGAAUACCUUGAAGGACAAUACCUGUUUGAAGCCACUCAGCUGUUGAUAGACAGGGAGAAACAUCUGUUUGGAGAGAUAACCGAAGCUGAUGCACUCAAAGCUCACGAGGAAGCAGUAGAAAAGCUUGCUGCAGACCAUAAAGCCCUUGAAGAGAGUAUAGAGCAGACCCUGCAGCAGAGCCUUUCUCUCAGCACUGAGGAAGAGGUGUCUGCUUUGACAUCUGCAGUGAAAGCCAUCAACCUUGAGGAAGAGCAGGACCAGCUGUGGAGACAAAGAUGCCGGACGCCACUAGCCUGGAGGCCCAGCGAGUGGAAGAAACAUCAUGACGAAGUCCUUCAAAAAUUAGUAAAUGGGCGUAUGGAUAAUCCAUCGAGCCCCACUGGUGAUCAGGUGAGCCAGUCAUCUAUGCAGGCAGACAUCCAGUUCAUGGGCAGGCAGCUGAAGGAGGACAUGCAGUGGGUGGUGGAGGUGGUGAAGAACUGCUACCCACCAGAGAUGGACAUCUGUAACUUUUAUGCAAGACAGUACCAUCAAACUUUCAAGGCAAGACUCAAAAAGAUUGCAGUUCUGGAUGACAAGGACUGCAGUUUCCUCCUGCGAUGGGUGAAGGAGUUUUAUCCAGGAAUCCUUGAAAAACCUGAGCUGGCCAGUAAUAUCAAUACUGAAGCGCUGGGAAACCUGCUUCCUGAUGAGUUACUGAAACCUCUGGAGGAGGAGUACCUCAGCAAACAACAGAGUGACCUGAUGAUUUUUAUUGACCGAGUAUUGGAUGAAGCAAAGAAAGAGUGGGAUCAAGGAAAGGAGCCGACAAGAGAUGAUGGUUGCUACGCCAGUCCUGUGGCCUAUGAUGUCAUCCCGUUGAUCAACGGCAUCGUGACAUCAGCACAAAUAACUGUAAGAGACCUGCACAAGGCCCAGAAAAUAACAUCCAACCUGACAGACUUCAUGCAGGGGUAUAAAGAGUUUCAUGAAGACGUCAUAAGGCAGAACAAACGGCACAGCAAAGCUUUCAUAAAGGCAAACCUCAGCUGUGUCAAACAGUUCAGGUUUGUUUCUGAUCCACACGAUCUGUUCCCAAAGAAAGUGAAGGAAAACUGUUUGCCGAUCCUGACUGAGAUGAAACAGUCUGCCCACACUUAUUUAUUAACUCCUGUGCACAAGAUCCUCAAGCCACACUACCUGAAGUUGGGAACCAGUGACUGGCUGAAGAAGAACACAUUUGAGAAGCUGCUGUAUAGCACUGAAGAAGAGCUUCAAGAACUUCAGGGUUCGAGUCGGUCCGCUUACCAGGAGCUGAUUGGUCAGCUUCAGCAGGAAGUGACAGAAGAAUAUGUCCGGAGGCUCCUGAAAGGAAAGAUCAAAUUAAAGAACAACAAAAAGCAGAAGAAGGCUUACGAGACUGUGAAAGAAAAUGCAGAGAAACUCCACGAGCUGUUUGCCAAAAUGGGAUCCAAACAAGACUGGUUAAAGGAAAUCCUGACCAAGAUUGCAGAAGUGCUAAAACUCCAAGAUAUUCCUGCCAUACAGAUGCAAAUCGUUUCACUGGGAUCUGCUUAUCCCGACCUCAGUGAAGAACAUGUUUUGGCUCUGCUCAAACUCAAAGCAAACCUCUCUAAAGCCGACAUGAGUACCAUCACAUCCACUGUGCUGGACACACUAAAAGAAAGCUACACUGGUGGUGAAACCCGGAAGUUUUUCUCCAAUGUUGAAGUGAUGAGUCCUUCAUUUCCAACAUGUAUUACGUCAUGCAGUGGAUAAGAUGAGUUGAAUUCUAGUGCUUUCAGUC